AGAAGUCAUAUUCUCAUUAUUUCCGCCAACCAAAUAUAAAAGAAAAAAGAAAAAUGGAAAACGAUUUUUGGUACGACAUCAUCCCUUUCAUCUCCCUCACCUGCGUCUAUUAAAAUCCGAAACGUUUCAGUUUUUCAACAACUUAUUCAACAAACGCUCUCUAUCUAUCGACGGCAUUACAGUUCACUUCAAGGUUGCAUGAUGUCUAUAAAACACGACCAAAUCGAUUUAAACGCAGAGGCCGUCUCGGUUGACCGAGAAAAUGAGGUUGAUACACCUGUGAUUGGUGACUUUAGAGCUGAAACCCUAGAGGAAUGUUCUAAUGGUCAGGUUAAGUUUCAGGAUACUGUAGUUGAUCAAGUUAGGGUUUCUGGUUCCACUAAGGUGAUUUGUGACUUGAAUAUUGGUGCAGAUGAUUUUAGUAUGAGUAGUGGAGGUAUUGGAAGAGAAGUGGAUGUAUUAGAUAGUGUAAUUGAUGAGAAAAAAGACAAUGAAUGUUUAGAUAGGGAGGUUGGUGUGGAAGCCGCCCAAUGUAUGGAUAGAUGUGGUGAUGAUGUUUCUAUGCCUGAUGAGAAUAAAGCAGAGUCGACUGAUGUAGUUGAAAGAGCUUCUGGGGAAGUAGGAAUGAAUCUUGAUAUGAUUGGGGGGCCUGUUGGGGAGGUAUUGGAGCAAGGGCAUCAUAUUACUGGGAAUUCAAGCUCAUCUGAUCAGGAUGCAAGACAGCCACCAACUCACAAAUAUGAGGAGGUAACUUCUGAUGGCUUGGAAAAUCAGGCGAUGGAAAUUGAUGUACAACCAGGGUGUAAUGAAGAUCAGCUUGUGGAUAUUCAUGUUUCAGAGGUGGAGACUUCUUCAGAUGUUUUGAAUGAGUCAUAUGGGGUCAGUCUUGAGGUAGAUUUGAAUGCAUGUUGUACAACAGAUGGAAAUGUAGCUGAUAGGAGUAUGAAGUUGAUUGCCUCAAAACAGGAUUUUUGUGCGUCUGAUUUGGUGUGGGGUAAAGUAAGGAGCCAUCCUUGGUGGCCAGGGCAGAUAUUUGCUCCUUCGGCUGCAACAAAAAAGGCAAAGAAAUAUUUUAAGAAAUAUAGUUAUUUGAUUGCUUAUUUUGGGGAUCAGACAUUUGCUUGGAAUGAACCAUCAAAAAUAAAACCUUUUCGGGAGCAUUUCAUGCAAAUGGAAAGCCAGAGCAAUCUGGAAGAUUUCCAUUGUGCUGUUGAUUGCGCCUUGGAAGAGGUUUUUAGACGGGCGGAAUUUGGGCUAGCCUGUUCUUGCAUCCCUGAAGAAGCUUUAACUGAGAUCAAAACUCAGAUGAUAGUUAAUGCUGGAGUCAGGGAAGAGUCAAGUACAAUAGAUGGUGGGGACAGUUACUCCAAUGCAGCUUCUUUUGAUCCUGUAAAACUUUUUGAGCAUGUAAAAGCUUUAGCACAGUCGUUACAUUAUAGUGGGGCUGAUAGGCUGGGUUUGGUGACAGUUAAAGCUCAAUUGUCAGCAUUCUUUCGUUGGAAGGGUUAUUUGCAGCUGCCUGAAUUCAAUGUGCUUGGUGGGUUGCUGGAUAGUGAUGCUGAGAUCCCACUUUCAGUAGAAGUGAAGCACAGUGCUGAGGUAACGGAAAAUGCUGCUCCUGAUUUCAAAGAUGACAAGCAAGCAUCUUGUGGAACAGGGAUGUCAAAUAGUCAAGGUGGUUCUUCUCGUAAGCGGAAGCAAAUCUCCGGUGAUAGUGCACGUCCAAGCAAAAAAGAGAAAAGUUUGUCGGACUUGUUGGCUGAUAAGCGCACAAAUAUGUCCAAUGGUAAAAGAGGAUCAGAUGGUAAAGGUGAUAAGGUGAUUUCAUUAUCUUCUAGUAAGAAAUGUAAUUCAAUUGAUUCCACGUCUGAUGAGAUAGCUGCAAAACAUAAGAGGCUUGAUUCGAUUUCUGAUGAUAUGACUGUGAAUCAUAAGAGGGGUGAUAUGUUGCGUGUGAAACAUGAGAAGAGUGAUUUGUCAACUGGGGCUGAUAAGUGUUUACCAAUUAAGAGAACUUUCGGGGUUGGAAAUAGCAUACUUAAGGUUGCAAACAAGCUGAAUGGGUCAAGUCCAAUGCUUAAGUACGGUGAUAGAACAUCUCCAAAAACUGUGGUUAACAAUAAAAGAAAAGAGAAAUAUGACUUAAGGAAUUCUCAAAGUAAAAAGCACUUUCUAGCAGAGGAUUCUUCAAUUGAUGAUUUUCUGUCGCAGCUUUGCUUGGCUGCCAGAGAUCCCAUGACCAGAUACAGCUUCUUGAUUUCUCUUGUUAGUUUUUUCUCAAAAUUCAGGAAUUCAGUCAGCCUGGAACUGUCUCAGGGAGAAGUUUCUGGUGACAAAACUAAGAAAAUGUUGAACAAGUCUGAAACUGCUGAGACACCUGAGUUGGACCUUAUUAAAGAUUCUUAUUGGACUGACAGGGUAAUUGAAAGCAUUCCUGAAGAAGAACAACCACUUGAGAAUAAAAAUGAAGUUGAAGAAGUGUUGCGUAAUGACCCAAGCCAAAAGGAUGUUUCCCCUGUUGAAGCGCAAUCAGCUGUUCAUUUGAGCGCCAAUAUGGAGUCUGGAACUGUUGGUGAAACUCUUGAAGUGGAAGCAGUGAAGCCAGCAGACCCCUUAGAUGGAUGUUGUAAUGAAGAUCUCUCUCCCACGGCUUUGAUUCUAAAUUUCACAGACUCAGAAUCUGUUCCAUCGAAAGAAAAUCUGAACAGUAUAUUUGGCCGUUUUGGACCUUUGAACGAAUUAGAGACUGAAGUAUUGAAGAGUAAGCGUGCCAAAGUGGUUUUCAAGAAACGUGAAGAUGCAGAAGCAGCUUUUAGUAGCGCUGGGAAGUACAGCAUUUUCGGGCCUGCACUUGUUAGUUACUGUCUCAAAUACAUGUCUUCUACGACAAGUAAAGGUUCUCCUCGUUCAACAACGAAGCGAAGCAGAAAAGUUGCAAUAUCUAUAGAGGGGAAUGCAACUUGAUACCACAAAUUCUGAUAGAUUCUUUGUAGUAUGAAAGUUUUAGGCAUUUCUUCUCAGAUGUGUAUUUAAUAUAAGUUCCUUUUUGUCAGCGAUGGAGUAGGAUCAAAUAGUUGACUUAAUUUUAUGGCUGAGGAAGUAGAUAUAGUUGUCAUAUCUGACCAUAUUGCUCAUAUUUUUAUUUGCUAUCAGAAAGAAAGACCUUUAUGAAUGAAUUAGGUAUAUUACUA